AUGAACUUUGAGGAUGUGGCUAUUGUCUUCUCUGAGGAGGAGUGGGGGCUCCUUGAUGAGGCUCAGAGACUUCUCUACUGCAAUGUGAUGCUGGAAGUGUUUGCACUUGUCUCAUCUGCAGGUUGUUGGCAUAAAACGGAUGAGGAGGAGGCUUGCUCUUCGCAGAGUGUAUGUGUACAAGGAGAGUCAAAGAUCAGGGCAUCUAAAACUCAGCCAGCAACCCAGAGGACCCAUGUGUGUAAGCGGUGUUUCUCUGUUUUGAAAGACAUUGUGCACCUGACUGAGUCACAGGCAGCAUACCUUGAACAGAAAGCCUUCUUCAAUGACACACGUGUGAGAGACUUCUGUUUCAGUGCAAACCUUCACCAGCAACAGAGGGAAGCCAGUGGAGAGAAGCCCGGGAAAGAAGCUGUGGACAGGGCCUCGUUUGUGACCAGGUGCAGCUUCUACUUAUCAGGGCUUCCCUUAUCCAGUAGGGAGGUUGGGGAUGACUUGAGAGCCAUCUCAGAGCUUCUCCAGCCCCAGGCCCCUCACGACACUGAGGAGCCACACAAUGGCAGUGAGAUUUCCCAGAAAUUUCUCAGUGGAAAACGUCAUAACCAGUGGGGUCAAUGUGAUAAUGCUGCCAGCCACAACCAGAAAGUUGUUCAACAUAGGAAAGUUCACAGUGGAGAAAAAGCGUAUGAGUGUAGUGAUAGUGGAAAGUCAUUCAGGCAUAUCUCUGUUCUUAAUCAGCACCAGAGAGUUCACACUGGGGAAAAGCCAUAUGAUUGUACUGAUUGUGGCAAGACUUUCAGUCUUAGGUACAAACUCACUGAACACCAGAGAGUCCACACUGGAGAAAAACCUUAUGAGUGCAGUGAAUGUAGGCAGUCCUUUAGACAAAGGUGUACGCUUACUAAGCACCAGAGAGUUCACACUGGAGAAAAACCUUAUGAGUGCAGUGAAUGCAGGCAGUCCUUUAGAGGAAGGUGUACCCUCACUGAACACCAGAGAAUUCACACUGGAGAAAAACCUUAUAAGUGCAGUGAUUGUGGGAAAUCUUUUAGAUGCCAUGGUCACCUUUUUAAACACAGGAGAAUUCACACUGGAGAAAAACCUUAUCAGUGUAGUGAAUGUGGGAAGUCCUUCAGAGAAAGGGGUAUCCUUAAUACGCACCAGAGAGUUCACACUGGAGAAAAACCUUAUGAGUGCAGUGAAUGUGGGAAGUCCUUUAGAAGAAGGAGUAACCUCAGCGAACACAGGAUAGUUCACACUGAAGAAAAACCGUAUGAGUGUAGUGAAUGUGGGCAGUCCUUCAGACGAAGGCGUACCCUCACUGAACACCAAAGAAUUCACACUGGAGAAAAACCAUAUGAAUGCAGUGAAUGUGGGAAAUCUUUUAGAUGCUAUAGUCAGCUUUUUAAGCACAAGAGAGUUCACACAGGAGAAAGGCCUCAUGAGUGUAGUGAAUGUGGGAAAUGUUUUAGCCAAAAAUUGAACUUCCUUAGACACCUGAUUGUACACCAGAGAGUUCACACUGGAGAAAAACCUUAUGAAUGCAGUGAAUGUGGGAAAUCUUUUAGAUGCUAUAGUAACCUUUUUAAGCACAAGAGAGUUCACACAGGAGAAAGGCCUCAUGAGUGUAGUGAAUGUGGGAAAUCUUUUAGCCAAAAAACUCACCUUUUUACACACCUGAUUGUUCACAAUAGAGAAAAGCUUUAA